GGCGGGGCCUCAUUGAGAGACUCGGCGCGAGCGGCCCCGAGUUCCUGACGCGCGUCAGAGUCGGGCUUCAUGGAGCAGCCUGAGGGUCCCAGUACAGAACCUGCUAAGGCCAUCAAACCCAUUGACCGGAAGUCAGUCCAUCAGAUUUGUUCUGGACAGGUGGUACUGAGUCUCAGCACUGCUGUAAAGGAGUUGGUGGAAAAUAGUGUAGAUGCUGGUGCCACCAAUAUUGAUAUAAGGCUUAAAGACUAUGGCGUGGAUCUCAUUGAAGUAUCAGACAACGGAUGUGGGGUAGAAGAAGAAAACUUUGAAGGUUUAACUCUGAAACACCACACUUCUAAGAUUCAAGAGUUUGCUGACCUAACUCAGGUUGAAACUUUUGGCUUUCGAGGGGAAGCUCUGAGCUCACUUUGUGCACUGAGUGAUGUGACCAUUUCCACAUGCCAUGAAUCUUCGAAGGUUGGGGCGCGGCUGGUGUUUGAUCACAAUGGGAAAAUCAUUCAGAAAAGUCCCUACCCACGACCCAGAGGAACAACGGCCAGUGUGCAGCAGUUAUUUUAUACAUUACCUGUACGCCAUAAGGAGUUUCAAAGGAAUAUUAAAAAGGAGUAUGCCAGAAUGGUCCAGGUCUUACAGGCAUACUGUAUCAUUUCAACAGGCAUCCGUGUAAGUUGCACCAAUCAGGUUGGACAAGGAAAACGACAGCCCAUUGUAUGCACUGCAGGCAGCUCCAGCAUAAAGGAGAAUAUCGGAUCUGUUUUUGGACAGAAACAGCUGCAGAGCCUCAUUCCUUUUGUUCAGCUGCCCCCUAGUGACGCUAUCUGUGAAGAGUAUGGGCUGAGCUGUUCUGAUGCUCUGCAUAACCUAUUUAGCAUCUCAGGCUUCGUUUCUCUGUGUACUCACGGGGUUGGAAGGAGUUCAACAGACAGACAGUUUUUCUUUAUCAACGGGAGACCAUGUGAUCCAGCCAAGAUUUCCAGGCUUGUGAAUGAGGUCUAUCACAUGUAUAAUCGACAUCAAUAUCCAUUUGUUGUUUUGAACAUUUCUGUUGAUUCUGAGUGUGUUGAUAUCAAUGUUACUCCAGAUAAAAGGCAGAUUCUGCUGCAGGAAGAGAAGCUGCUGCUGGCCAUUUUAAAGACAUCAUUGAUAGGGAUGUUUGACUGUGAUGCCAACAAGCUUCAUGUCAGUCAGCAGCCACUGUUGGGCGUGGAAGGUCACUCAAUAAAAAUUUCUUCAGCAGUAGUGGAUGUGCCACUUCCAGGGACGCCACCCUUUCCCACCUCACCGGGAAUUCACAGAGAGGAGAAAGGGGCUGUGAGCAUCUCCAGACUGAGGGAGGCCUUCUCUCUCCGCCAUACAAAGGUGACCACGCCUCCGCGCCCACAGACUGCUAACUUCAAGCGGAUUUCACCCAAACAGCAAAGAAGCACCAUGUUUCGUUGCACUGGGGAUUCCCUCAGCUCUAGACAACCUGUCAGUAUGGGCACAGGCUUCCCUGGCCCUCUGAAGGGGUCGAGAGGUUCAGACCAGAGUCCCCAGGACCAAAUGGACAGAGUGGAAGUGGAGAGUGACUCAGGGUGCGGCAGCAUAUCAGCUAGCUCAGAGGGAGGCUUCAACACCCCAGAAACAGGAACUUCCUCCAGCAGUGAGCAGACAUCCAGCUCCCCCGAAGACAGGUUUUCACUGGAAAACGUGGCAGCUUGUGAGAGGGCCCCUGAAGCCAGCUGUCGCUUUUCAGCCUCAGAAUGUCCCUUGGACCAAGAGGAUGGCGGAGACAAAGAGAGGGCUCUGCCUCCGCCCACUAAGCGCUUCAAGACAGAAGAGGAGGAGGGCUCCCCCGAACAGCUGCCUGGGCCUCUGCACCCAGCAGACUCUCUGGUAGACAUUGCAGUCGACAUCAGUAAGAAAAUCGUGCCCCUGCACUUUUCCAUGCGCUCUUUAUCCCAGCGGGUAAGGCAGCUUCAGCACCAGCAACAGCAGAGAGAAGGUGAACAGAAUUACAGGAAGUUCAGGGCCAAGAUUUGCCCAGGAGAGAAUCAGGCAGCAGAAGAGGAGCUGAGGAAGGAGAUUAGUAAAGCCAUGUUUGCAGAGAUGGAAAUCAUUGGUCAGUUUAACCUGGGAUUUAUCAUCACUAAACUGAAUGCAGACCUCUUCAUAGUGGACCAGCAUGCGACAGACGAAAAAUAUAACUUUGAGAUGCUGCAGCAGCACACUGUUCUGCAGGGUCAGCGGCUCAUAUCACCUCAGGCCCUCAACCUCACCGCUCUCAAUGAAGCAGUUCUGAUAGAGAAUCUGGACAUCUUUAGAAAGAAUGGUUUUGAAUUUGUUAUCAGUGAAGAUGCACCAGUCACCAAAAGGGCCAAGCUGAUUUCCUUGCCCACCAGUAAGAACUGGACGUUCGGGCCCCAAGAUAUAGAUGAGCUGCUCUUCAUGCUGAGUGACAACCCUGGGGUCAUGUGCCGGCCUUCCCGGGUCAGGCAGAUGUUUGCCUCCAGAGCCUGCCGGAAGUCUGUGAUGAUCGGAACUGCUCUUAACACCAGUGAGAUGAAGAAACUGGUCACCCACAUGGGUGAGAUGGACCAUCCCUGGAACUGUCCCCAUGGAAGGCCAACCAUGAGGCACAUUGCCAAUCUGGACCUCAUUUGUCAGAACUGAUGGGACCACUCCUCUGCUGGAAGUCCAGGCUCAGGGCAGAGCUUCGGAUUUGAAAGGCAGGGUCUUAACUUGGCUUCCAAAUUAACCUUUGCUACUUAAAAAGUAUCCCGUUAGGGGCCAGAGCUGUGGCACAAGGGGUAAGGUGUCUGCCUUGUCCAUGCUAGCCUAGGACAGACCAUGGUUCAAUCCCCGGGCAUCCCAUGAUUUCCCCAAGCCAGGAGCAAUUUCUGAGUC